CUUCGCACGAACAGCCACUACAGUAAAAUGUAGAGUUCUGCCAGAACGAGAAUGUAGCUGACCUCUUUCUCGGCUUCGCCAUGAAAAGACGGUAAUCCCAAAAGCCAGACAGAGGUUACGGGAGCCAUGUCACCUCACAACAUAGUUGACGGAUGUAAACUGGUUGCCGUUCUCACACUUUGGCUUGGUCCCUGUGCUGGAGUCAAACACACAGGUGGUGCGAAUGCAGCAGAGCGCCGAGAGCAUACCACACACAGCUCUGUUGGGUUGGGGGAGGUUGUCUUGGUGAUUCAGAGUCAGAGGAACUCCUACCACGCCCGUCGAGCUGGUCAGAGGAAGGUGGAGAUUCUGCAGCAGGCAGCUAAACUGGGACAGGGCGCUCCAGUUGUUCUUCUCCUCCAUGAGCUUUCAGAGUUUGACGGGGACUGGAGCAUCCUCCCGGCACUUCCUCAUCUCUCUGCCACGUAUGGUCAAUCAGCAUCCUGGUUUUUCUUCAUUGAGGAGGAGACCAGAGUCACGCUGUCUGCUCUGCUGCACGUCCUCAACAGAUAUCCAGUACAAUACAAAUGGUUUUUGGGAAAGCGUCUUCAUGACAAGGAGGCUUCAAUCAUUCACCACUAUGCCUUCUCUGAAGACCCCUGCUCCUUCGGUUACCCCGACCCCGCAGCAGGCUGGGCUCUCAGCACGCCGCUGCUCCACAGGUGUACUUGCUGCAAGGUCCAAUACGAACCCCUGAAGUCGGAUUUCUCCAUCGAUUUGAAACAUGAGAUCGCGUUGUUUAUUUGGGAGGAAGGAAACGGUCCGAAGCUGACAGCAGUUCCAGAGUUUUGCACAGAGGCAAGAGACGACGACUGUGCCUCCACAUUUACGACCUACCUGCCCAACUGUGGAGAUCCAGUUUCAGAGAAAGACGUUUUUGUUGCUGUGAAAACGUGCGCAAAGUUCCACUCAGAGAGAGUCCCGGUGGUGAAAGCAACCUGGGAGAAAGACGCUGCAUUUUUAGAAUAUUACAGCGAUGUCACUGAUGCAUCCAUACCCACAAUCAACCUUGGAGUGCCCAAUACUGAGAGAGGGCAUUGUGGGAAGACAUUUGCAAUCUUGAGGCGGUUCCUGAGCCAAGCUGUGCCCAGAGCUGAUUGGCUGCUCAUUGUGGAUGAUGAUACACUCGUCAGUUUACCCAGGUUGAGACGACUCCUGCGUUGCUACAACCCGAAGGAAGCAGUGAGCCUGGGGGAGAAAUACGGCUAUGGCUUGGUUCAGAAUGGCUACAGCUACACGACAGGAGGAGGAGGGAUGGUGCUCAGCAGGGUGGCGGUGUCCAGGUUAGUCUCCAGUGGUUGUGGCUGUUUCAGUGAUGAUGCUCCUGAUGACAUGGUGCUGGGCAGGUGCUUCACUUCGAUGGGUGUUCCCAUCACUCACAGCCCGCUUUUCCACCAGGCCCGACCAGACGACUAUUCAGAGACACUGAUCUCCUCGCAGCAGGCUGUCUCCUUCCACAAGCACUGGAACAUAGACCCUGUGGCCGUCUACAAACACUGGCUGCAGGACACACACCCUCGGGAUGAGCUGUAGAAACACUGUGUAAACAACAGAGGAGACAAGAUGUCUGUGAGACCACGCAGGAUUGGAGUUAGUCUCUCUGUGCAUCACAUGGAAGGGACAGGACAGAAACAAGUCCAACAGAGUGGGCGGUGCAGAAUACUGCAGAAAACAAGAAGUCAGUUUAAUUCAACAUUUUAAAAACAGUUCUUUAUGUUACACAAAGACCAGUCAUUUCUGUUUUCAAUCAUUUCUUUCUUCCUAAUCUAUGAGUGGUUGCAGGUGGGUUGCAGCCUGACUCGUGCAUUAAGCAUGGAGAUUUAGGAUUGUAUGAGUUGGGUUUGCUACAUAUAGCUUGUUUUGAGGGCCAGCGUCUCCUUCCAGUUGUUGCAAAUGGUACAAAAACAUGUCCUACAGCAUAGGGCCGCCUAAGGAAAAAGCUUGGUACCCAGCGUCUAUAGAAACACAAGUGUCUGAAGUGCAGGCUGGUGUUAUCACUGUAUCUACUAUUACAGCAGCCAGUAUGUAGUAUUGAAUAGGCUCUCUAUCACGUAUUAGAUGGGGCAGGGUUCUUCACCCUCUAAGCCAAAAAAAAGGAGAAGCAGUCAGAGCAAGCUCGUCAGACCUUUUGACUAUGUCUUUCUAUUUUAAACUUAACGAUAUGUCCCACAGAAAAUGUAAUUUCAGGGGAAAUAAAGCUUGUUUGUCGGGGCCAAUUGGCUAGAAACUUACGUUUGUGGCUGUUUUUAGGGUUCGGACAGACUCGAUUAUUUUGCUCCGAAAAAGGCCUGGGAUGGGACAGGUUUGUUUGGGCUGAAAUGGGAUGUGGCAGGAUUAAGACUACUCCGAUGUCCACCAUCUUUUGUAGACUUUAUGUUAACCUUACUGUGAAAACACUGAAUCCAAAUGUGCACAGCAGCUAAGAGCAUGAUUCAAAAAAGCAGCAGCCCUACACAAACUGUAACUCCUCAGGAACCAGGCAGGCACACAAAUUGUACAAUCGAUAUUUUUGCCUCUGCCAGAUGUUCGAGGAUGUGAUUCCGUUGAACAUGCAAACCAUUACAAUUGUAUAGGCCAUGGAAAGAAGGACAAAAUUUGUGUUUCAAGCAUUACUGCAUCACUUGUGUAUUCAGAGUUCAGCCACACUGGUUGCUGCUGCUUUGAUUGUCUGAGAGGAUGUCGAGUAAUAGUAAUCUAUUUCUCACUAGGAGUAAUUCAGUGUUUUAGUGGCAGGUUAAAUGGUUGUUUAAUUACAUUAAUUAUGUAGUGAGGUGAGUCCCAUUGAGGUUGGAAAAGCAAUGGAAGCAGCAGAAAAAAACAACAAACAAAAUGAGACAACUGCCUAAUAGCAAAGCCUUUAAAAACAUUUCAUUGUCUUGUGUCGUGUGUAUGGCAUGUAAGAGUGUGUGUGCGUGUGUGUGUGUGUGUGUGUGUGUGUGUGUGUGUGUGUG